UCCGCCAGCAAGAGCCGUAGCCCCACCACCACCUUAUUAUUCCUUCCGUUUUGUAUCCUCCAUUCAGGGGGCCUGCAAAAAUUUAUAACCUUUCAGCUGCAGGAUAUAAAUUCUCCAUCAGCGAGGUCACUCUUGUCUAUUCUCCAAAGGCAUCAGCUGCCCGUUACGCUCUAGAGAAGCUCUUGACUCCUAACCUUUCUGUGCGUUAAAAUCUCUUGAAUUUCCCUUGUGCCCCUUGCCUUCUGCUGAUAUAUUUAUGGAAAGAUCGAUCUUGCUUCGGAGAUUAAGGGAUUUGUGUAAGUUUUGUUCUUGAGAAGGAAAAAAAACAAAACAAGUGAUUUUUUUGCGAGAAAAAUUAGAUCUUGUUAGAUCCCUUUAGACAGUUUCUUUUGUUUCCUUCCUUGAAUUUCACGGCUGUGAUGAUGAUGAACAAGAGACAGACAGAGUCAGCCACAUGAAGACCGACAGAUUUGUACAGAGGAAGAGCGAGGAUUAAUAAUAACUUCACGUCACUUCUUCUCCUUUACAUUUUCUGAGAAAACAACAAAAAAAUGUCAACACCGAACUCGCCAUGUGCAGCCUGCAAGUUUCUGAGGCGGAAAUGCACGCAAGAGUGUGUUUUUGCACCCUAUUUCCCACCGGAUCAGCCUCAAAAAUUCGCUAGUGUCCACAAGGUCUUUGGGGCCAGCAACGUGGCUAAGCUUCUCAACGAGCUCAACACCUCGCAACGCGAAGAUGCUGUGAUUUCUCUUGCUUAUGAAGCCGAUGCUCGACUCCGCGAUCCCGUCUACGGUUGUGUUGGUCUAAUCUCGAUUCUUCAACACAGGCUUAAGGAACUCCAGGCUGAUCUCUACAACGCCAAGAAAGAGCUGGCGCAAUAUAUUGGUCCUCAAGCAAUGCUUCCUACUCUGCAAUCUUCAACCUUUAUCCCUCAAACGCAUCUGGGUAAUCCAACAGCUUCGUCUAUGAUGCAACAUGGGGCGUUGCCGAUAAUGGGUGUCCCUGGUCCGCCAACGCACGGUGGGCAAUUGGUGAUUCGCGAGCCUCAGCAGCAGCAGCAGCAGCGACAUCAAAGCCAAAUCUUUGAGGCUCAGCAAUUAGCUGCUGCUUUUGCUGUGAGAGAGCAUCAGGAUAUGUUUAGGGCUUAUGAGCAGCAGCAAGAAAUUGUGAGGUUUAAUAGGGGUUUCGAUGCGGCGGAUUCAGUUACCACCACCGGAUUUAAUCAGAUUACGGUUGCUUCUAUGUCACCUUCUCUGGCUCUUGGCAGCUUUGAUACCCCUUACCAGGUUCAACCACAGCAAGUGGAUCACCAGCUACAGGCUCAGCUUUUUCUUCGGCCACAACAAGCACAAUCUCAGUUCCAUGAACAGCAACAGAACUCUCAACAAACCCAACAACAUCAUCAACCAUCUGGUAGUGAUGAGGGAGGAAGCAUAGGCCCGUCUUGUUGAUUUUUUUUUUCAGAGCUCUUAUGCGCUAAUUCUAAUUCCUUGAUGCAAUUUCCAAUUCCAGCUAGGUCAUAAAUGCAAGACACAACUAAACAUAGACUUAGAGAGAGAGAGAGAGAUUUACAACUGAGAUAUGAAUUCUGAAGUCAGCAUUGUUUUCUUGGGGUGUGAAGAGAAAGAAGAAGAAGACUGUGGGAAGAUAAACAUUUAGAAAAUUUAGGAUCUGCAUUGAUAUUUGAGUACAGCUUUUUUAUUUUUUCCUUCUCAUGACAAAUAGUCUUAAAAAAAGCUAUUUUGUAAUUUAAAGUUAAUAAUCAUUUUGGAAUUGUUACAUAUUUAAUAUAUAUAUGGAAUUAAUAUGGAUUUUUUUUUGGGUGAUAGAAAGUUUCAAAUCCUUUGGUUAAGGUGGCUUGAUAUGUGAAAACAUUUUGUCGAAUAAAAAAUCAGACGACUCUAUUUCUACCUAAUAAUUAUUAAAACAAGAAUAAUGUAUAUAUAACAGGAGGCAAAUUGUCUGAAUGUGUUCGUUAGAAAACAACCCUUUUUGUCUGGUUCAUGAGUUUUCAAAAUUUGCUGCCUCUUCUUCAUAUCUACAACCAAAUUCCAUUGAUCAUUGUUUUCUAUCACCCUAACUUGUUUACACUUGGAUACUUAUCC